AUGACCGACGGGAUGUUGAUCAAACUCCUGCUCCUGUUGCUGGCCACAGUCGUCAUCGGCUGUGAGUUUUAGCUCAUUUUUCUCCUUUGAUUCUGAGAUUUUCAGAUACGCACACGCAAAAGGAAGGAGACGUUGGUGUUAGUUUUAUUUUAUUAUCUUCUGUUUGAUAAGAAGUUGAAGUAGUCACUUUUGGGGUGAAAAAUAAAUAAUUUUCACGGAUCGUUUUUCAACGAAUUUCGUUGGUUAUCAUUUCUUCUCUUAGUUUACGUUUCCCUUAUACUAUUUUGCGUCAACCAAUAAACAAAAAAAUAUUCUGCGUAGUCACUCAAAAAAACUGUAAAAUGAAGUGCUUGAUUUUAUUCAGUUUAAAAGUAAAAAAAUUUUUUUCUUGAAUUUACAGAAAAACCCCGCCGAAGCACCCGAAGAAAGAUGCAAGCCGGAGCGUAAGUUUUAUUUUUCAAUUGCUGGUUUUUGUGAAACCAUCAGCAUAAAAAUAAAAACGGAAUAACUUUUUUUUGUACUUCAGCGAAAAGAAAAUGGAUCUUUUUGCGCACACUGAAUGAAUCCUGCUCGAUAUAUCGGUGGUGCGUCGACCCCCUUGUGUGCCGGGACAUUGGGGUAUGUUUAAAAUUUCUUCUCAUAGUUCAAAGUUUUGAUGUUUUUUGGAACUCACAAAAACUUGAAUUGAAAUCUUUUUCGAAGUUUCAGUUAAGGCGAAUGAUUUGAUUCCAAUGAAGCGCUUCGAAAAGAUCCUCUUUUUUUCAUAAGCGUCUUCAGUCUGAGCUUUUGUUGGAGAAGCUCGAGAAUGUAGUGAAUAAUUCCAUAGCUUCCAUUUUUGUUAUUAACAGUUUUGCCAAAAAUGAAGCAAAAAGAAAAGCUUUAAACAUUCUUCCGUAGAUUUCACUGCCCAAAGCCGAUGGUAGAUUGGGUGUAACUGAACUAUAAACAUUGAAGAGUAACUUCUGAAAAUUCAGGUCGAGCACCCCGAUGGGUCGCCCUACACAUGUGUUGAAAAAACGAGAAAAUACAGUAAGUUUGAAGGUAUCAUUAUCAGUUCUUGUUUCUUUUUACAGACGACAGGCGGUGGUAUCGGCAAGCUGGUGAGACGUGCUCAUCAUAUUAUUGGUGCGACCGCAAUUUAACUUGCGAGGAGGCGGUAUGUUUUGUCCAAGAAAAAAAUCUCAAAGAUUCGCGAAUUAUAAGUCAUGCAAUACUUAAUUCUCCUGUGAAUCAAAUCGUUGGAACAAAAUUUAUCGCACUUCAUAAACUUUAAAGCGUUCGAAAAUUCAAGGCCUUAACAAUCGAAGUAUUUUUACUUUGCUCUUGGGAUUUUUCUAUAAGUUGGCCAGAACGCUUCUUGAUGUACCAGAAGAAGAUUCUGAAAGUCUCAAACUGCACUAAUUUCUCGUUUUUGAGAAAAGACGUCUCAAAGUUAUAGAAAAUUGUCAAAAUCCAUAAAAAUAGGCUAAUUUGAGGCGUUAAGCCCUUUCGAAAAGUAAAAAGUUGUGCAGGUUGAGACUUUCAGGAUUUCUUGAUACAUCAAGAAGUCUUCUGGCCAUUUUUCAAGAAGUUUCCAACCAUAAAGUAGGUUGACCUUCCUUGUAAGAUAUUUUAUUCUACGGAAUAGUAAGGAAAUGAAGAAAACCAUCUCUAUAAACUAAAUUGAAUUUCAGGAAGGCAGCAAGUUCAAGCGAUGUAAGCCGGAAAGGCGAAGCGUCUGCGGGUGUGUUACAGUCGACAAGUACAGUCGGCUGAACAAAAGAACGUCCAUCAAACCGCUCUUGUGAGUUUUUUUCCUCACAAAUCCUAGCUUUCCGUCGAAAAAUCAAAAAAAAAUAUGGCUCUGAGAAUGCUGGUUACCCAGCCUUUCGGUAUGGUCUAGAAUAUUUCUGGGAAAUGGAUGAUGUUUUCUAAAGAUAAUUAUUGUGAGAUAAAAUACUAAUCUUCCAUUUCUAUCUACUGUUUAGCAAAUAUAGUUUUUCAAAGGGUCCACGUAAGCUUAAGACUGUUUUUUGUUAUCAAGUUUUGGAAAAAUGCCUAUGAUCCUACUUUUUACUUCCACCGGGAGAAAAAGCUUAAAAAAAUGAUGAUAAUAAGCAAAAUUCGAAAAACUAUAGUUUUUCAUAUACUCUAUUAUUCCAAUACCUAUUUUUUAGGGACAAAUGCUACGGCCCAAAAUGGAACUUCGACUGA